UCUAAUGUAGGCACGCGCGCUGAGCAGCGCUUCCGGCGGAACUCUUUCUGCCAAACACAGCGGGCGUGACUACGCAUGAGCUGCAGAACCACUCUCUGUUCGAACGAACAUAACUUUCUCGAGAGGUCGUCUAAAGUUGGGCAAAUUCUUUAAAAACCUACUCGACAUAUUUGUCGUUUUACUUCCAUCCCAUUUUUUUUUUGACCGUGCGUUGUUCACCGAAAUUUGUUCGGCAAAAACUUCGGUCGUCAAAAACCACUUCGCAGAUUUUAAGAUUUUUUCAGCAUGGCUCCAAAGAAGCCUGGGGCAAUGGUUGAAUUCAUUACUGAGAGAUAUGGCAACAUCCCAGAUGCUCCACCAUUGAGGAAUGGGCAUGUGUUAAGCAUUUUCUUCCAGCAAAAGCGUAAAGUUACGCAGACCAUCCAGGAAAUAUCCAAGAUCUUAGGAUCAAAUGUCGUAGUGAAACCAUGGCAGAUUAAUUAUUUGCUGAAAAAAACAAUAAGAAAAAACCCACAUUUCACACGUGAAAGUGAUAAGCAGCAUUUUCAGGAUCUGUGUGACCAAGAAUUUACUUGCCACACCUCAGCUCAGCCUUCACCUGAGGCCCCAUCAGUUUCUGAUGAAUUUAAAUUGUCUCAUCCAUCUACAUCUCAGUUUGAGGAGGUCUUAGCUCCAACUGUAAUGCCUUCAUCACCUCUAACUGUUUCUGAGGUAACUGCUGAGGAAGAGCCAUGUACUAGCUCCACUCCGCCAACUGCUGUGAGAACAUCACAGAGAACCCCCUUAACCCCUGGUUGCAAAAAAAUCAAGAAGAGACUUGCGUUUGUAAUGAAAACCAAAUCGGAGAUGAAAAAAAAAUAUUGUGAGUCUGUGAAGUCUUUGCAGGUGAAAUUGAAAUCAAGCAGUGUGCAACAAUUAAAAUACCUUAACCAGGACGUAAAACGUAAAAAACAAAUCAUUGCAAAGAAGAAUAACAUUAUAAGUCUGCUGAGAAAGGAGAUCAAAAGUGGACCCGACAUGGAACAAUUAGAAUCUUUGAGGAAACGGUUAUCUUAUGAGAAGAAGAAGAACUUGCAAUUAAGGAAAUACCGUAAAAGCAAACGGGUUGCUGAAACUUCGGUUUGUGGUGAAAGUGAUGAUUCCCAGCAUUUCACUGCAGCUGCAACUGUUAAAUUACAGAGUCGACGGAUCAGGGAAUUAGAAAAUGAGAACCUUAUUCUUCAGGACAGAAUUGAGGCGCUGACAAAUAAACCGUGUCAAAUCUUUGAAAGAGAUGGUAAAAUCUAUCCAUUUGAUCUUAGAAUGGUUGUUUAUGAUCAUAUUUUGAACAAUGUGCCUACGAGAAGUGUCCCCAUUCUGAUUGAGAAAUUUGCACAAAGGGCGGGUUUUACACUUGAUGCUGUACCUCAUCGGGCAACUGUGGAACAAAUGGUUAGAGAAUUGGGUGUCGUCUCUGAUUUUCAGGUUGCUGAGUUCUUGUUGAGCAACCAAGACGUUACAUUGGGUUUUGAUGCUACGACCCAGGAAGGACUUCAUGUAAAUGAAAUCCACUUCACUAGUGACAGUGAUUGUUUAGUUAUGUCCCUUGACCUCCUGCCUGGUGGCACUGCAGAAGAUUACCAGCUCCAUAUUCAGGAGUCACUAAGUAGAGUGGCAGAUGUUUACACUAAAAUCUAUGAUUGUAAUUUUGAAAACAUCAGGAAAACUAUGAUUGCCAAUAUAAAAAAUACAUUGACUGAUCGUGUUGCGGUUAAUCAUGCCACUAUUUGUCAGUUAGAGGAGGCAUGGGGUGUGUCAUUUAAUGAAUUGAACUGUCAUCUGCACCCGUUAGAAACCAUAGCCAGAUCAUGCAGGUCAACUCUGAAGGAUGCUGAGACAGUCAGAGGCAGCCUGUUUGGAAACGACUGCAUUGCUGGAAACAUUGUUCUUGCAGUCAACAAAUUUAGGUACAAGGAUGGUAAAGGUGACCCUAGGGGAUUUGUGUCAUUUUUAGAAAGGUCUGGAUUACCUAAAGGACUACUGCCCAGGUACAGGGGUAACAGGUUACAUGUUUUGUUUGUCAUCUGUCAGCAGCUGAUGUACCAUUAUGAUUUAUUUUUAAACUUCUUCUCCACAGGAACUGUUUCCUGUGGUGGUUUGCAGUCUGCCAUAUUGUCUGACUUUGGUUCAGCUACUGGCAAGGUAGAAAUGCAAGUGCUAGGUUUAAUUGGAAUAUUCUUGUCUGGACCUUGGAUGUCAAAAUUUUAUACUGCUGCUGGUACUCAAACUGUGAGCCAUGUUGAUGGGAUUGAGACGGUCAGAAAAGUAAUUGAAACCAUCAAGAUUUAUGUGGAGGUUCCUUUAGAAACAUUGGUUUUGAAAAAGGACUUCUUCGGCGAGGAACUACAGGGUUUGUUGGUGCAGAAGCUCCAGAUGGAGCCAGCUGAUAGGUGUCUUUUUGCCACUAUGAUGCGUGCAUGUCUGGCACAGAUUGUUGUAGUACUGGAAAGGCAGUACAGUCGUUAUUUCAGUCUGGACCUUACUGACAUUCUCAGAAAAGAAACAAAGUCAGCCCGAUGCCACAAUAUUGAUGCUGAGGCAGUAAUGGGCAUGUUCUCUAGUGCCAAAAGCCGUGCUCCAAAUGCUACACUUUCUUUCAUUUCAUCAAAGAUAAGGGCUACGAAGAACAAAACUUGUGACUAUCUUGACAGCCUUGAUACUGAAAAAAGGGAAAAGUUAUUUAAAGCUGCAAUUUCUAUCGCACGAAAACAGCGUGUUGUAAGUCGAAAGAAAUGCUUCGAAAUCAGGGACGAAAUUAUUCGCAGGAUUUCUUUGAAGACCCAAAAAAAGGCAACCUUUGAUAGAAAAAAGCUGGAGAAAUUACUAAAGAAUCCGAAAUUGGAUCUUUCCAAAGACUUUCCCCAUGUUGAAGAAGCUAUUCUUCAGGGUGUAAGGGACAUUCUGUCUGGAAAAGUGGUUGAUCGUUUGAUUUGCCAUAUUUGGUACGAUGAAGAAACCCUAUCAAAAACUGUGUACUUUGGUCAAAUUCAUAAACUAAAAAAGAAGGCUGGUGGAACAUAUGUGAUUAGCUAUUGGGGAGAAAAUGAAACAUCAGAGGAUGCUGUUGAUUUUGACGUUUCAGUACAUGCACUUGCUGCUGACUUUUUGUGUGAAGAUUUAGUUUUCUCUUGAAAAAGUAAACGUCAGUCCUGUUUUAGCUGCUUUUAGAUGAGAAGGCUUGACUCGAGCUGAAUUUUGCAGCACUCAAUGGGUUUACUCCCAAUUGCACCACAUCUGCACUACACUACAAUCUAUCCACGACUGUACCCUCAGACCACUGAAUGCCCCCCCCCCACACUGCACUGUUUUUCUCUCUCCUUUUUCUUUUGUUUUCUACAGGCCUAGCCCUAACCGGAACCCUAAAGUUAAUCCCCUCACCAGACGCUGCGGAACGUGGGGUGAAUAUAUUAUGUGCUCCUGUACUUCAUUUUGGUCAAGCUGAAAAUAACAUCCCUCUCUUUCUUCUUCCUCCUUUCAUUUUCCGUCCAGUCCAACACCAAGAUUUUUAAAAUUUAUUAAAAUGAAAAACGUUAGUCCUAGAUUACAGAUGGGGGUUUAUUCAGACAUACCUCUGGUUUGUCUGAAGAUUCAUAACCCCUCUUGUUAAAGUAAAAUAUGUCCAACACAAGAGGCCCUCAGCUCUCAUCUGUCUGCCCAGCUGUUGGACAGGACAAGUUAAAAAUAAUAGAAGAAAAGUUAUGUUUAUGCGAUCAUUUGGAAAUAAAUAUAGAUUUGACAGAAGA